AUAAUGUUUGAAUACCGCGAUUGCCAGUCGGAUUUUGUUAUUUUUUUUUUUAAGAAUCCCAAUCAUGAGGCGUUCCCAAGCGCCCUCAGCACGAAGAGCGGCCAAGCGAGGUCUUCCCCUUGAACCGGAAGUCGCCAAGGAACCGGAGCAGCCAAGCAUUCAGAUGAAAUGGGGUACUUCUGGCGGCUAUAGACACUUGGGACCUCGGCGCUAUGACGAUGCAGAGAAUCCACUAAAGGACAAACGCAUCUUUCUGGUGCUAUGGCGGCAACAGUCUAACAAGAAACACAAGAUAUGGACAGGCAAUGGCACGCUGGAAGUAACUGCAACACGUGCCACAUUAAAAGACGAGACAAACAAAACAUUGGAUGUGCUGACCUUCUUCAAACCGGAGAAAUUUCAGGAAAAUGCUUUACUAGAAAUUGGUAUGAGGGAUGUUGAGAUACAGUUAGAACUGAAGUCUGUGGACGAAUGCUUUGCGCAGCGCAAAGAAGAAAUAGAAAACUGGUAUCGACAGCAAGAGACAGCUACCGGUGAGCUGGUGUCCCAGUCAGAAAAUAAUUCCAUCAGUUAUCAGCGGCCGAAGAUUAUGUUUAAAAAGCCAAAGCAAUCGCCAGAGUUACUGGCAACAACUAUUAAACCUAUAACUCAGGAAUCUGAACAACGCAUUGAGAUCCGCGAAUAUAUUUGCAUGCUGUCCCUAGCGGAUAUCCAACAGCUCGCGCUACAAUUGCUUGCCGAUCAUUGUCGCACUUUAAAAGAACAAUCAUCGGAACUGCUUAGAAUCGCCCAACAAAUCUGCGAUCAUCCCGUGCUGCUCAAACAUAUAGAAGAUCAUCCAUUCGUCUCUCGAAUUUUAUUGCCCCAUUUGCCGCCCUGGCAAGAAUUGGGUCUCUACGAUUCUGCCAAGUUUGAGUUUGUUCAUCUAAUGCUGGACAAUUUAGUUGUUGCUUGCGGUGAAAAAUGUGCAAUUGUUGCAACGAGUCAGAGAUGUUUGGACAUCAUCAGGGGUUACUGUCAAUCUUGGGAAGUGCCGCACGUACAAGUGGAGAAUAUAGAGCAUGCCGAAAACUUCAAUAAAACCGGUGAAAUGGAUCCAUUAGUUGCGCUUCUUGACGCAAAUCAGUUGCCAUCAAUUCGUUUGACUGGCUGCAAAAAUAUGAUACUCUACAACUAUAGCACAAGAUCGACAGCAACUCGGCUAUUGGCAGCAGAUGUUGACACACGAAUUUAUACGCUAAUAACUGCUGGCUGCUUAGAGGAGAGAAUGUUUCAACAACACUUGGAGCUGGUCGAAAGCAGCGAAUCUGUGAUAGAUUUAUUGAACAAUCGUGUGAAUCCCACUAAAGCACUGCUAGGAGUUGAUCACAAUCCUCUAAAGAAUUGGAAUCAAUGGGAGCCACCAUUUAGUCAAGAGUUUUUAAAGGAAACUUUUCAAAAUGACGAAUUGACAACCCUAAGUUUCGUGUUUAGCAAGCAGGAAGAAGUUUUAGCAGGAUCAGAAAUAUAAUUCUUAAAAAAAAUU